CGCAACCAUGUGAGCCACACAACCACACCGCCAGCUACACAACAGCAUGGCGCCCUCACUCGAAGAACCAACACAAGUCGAUUUCGACGCGCCCCUCAAGAAUGCGCCGAAACUCGUUGCGCCCGAGCCAGAGCACUGCCCCGGCCCCGAAUCCCUCCAGGCAGGCAAAGCAGACAACUGCGCCGGCUGCCCAAACCAAGCCAUAUGCGCCUCCGCCCCAAAAGGCCCCGACCCAGACAUCCCCCUCAUCACCGCACGCCUUGCUUCCGUGCAACACAAGAUCCUCGUGCUGUCCGGCAAAGGUGGCGUCGGAAAAUCCACAUUCAGCACCAUGCUCUCCCACGGCUUUGCAUCGAACCCCAAUUCGACGGUAGGGUUGAUGGACACGGAUAUUUGUGGUCCAAGCAUACCGAAGAUGAUGGGUGUUGAAGACGAGACGAUCCACGUCACGGGCGAGGGAUGGGAGCCCGUGUGGGUGUCUGAGAAUCUGGGCGUUAUGAGCGUGCAAUUCAUGCUGCCCAACCGCGACGAUGCUGUGAUUUGGCGCGGGCCAAAGAAGAACGGACUCAUCAAGAAAUUCCUCAUGGAUGUGUCUUGGGGCGAGCUGGACUUUUUGAUCGUCGACACACCGCCGGGCACGUCAGAUGAACACUUGAGCGUAAACUCGUUCCUGAAAGCGAGCGGCGUCUCUGGUGCAGUCCUCGUGUCCACGCCUCAAGAAGUCGCGCUCCUCGACGUGCGCAAGGAAAUCGAUUUCUGCAGAAAGGCCAAGAUCCCUAUCCUUGGCAUCGUGGAGAACAUGUCCGGCUUUGUGUGUCCGGGGUGCAAGCACGAGUCUCAGGUUUUCCGCGCGAGUACGGGAGGCGCGAGACGGUUGGCGGAGGAUGAGAACAUACCGUUCCUGGGGGCUGUGCCGCUGGAUCCGAGGAUUGGCAUGGCGUGUGAUUUUGGUGAGAGCUUUUUGACGGCGUAUCCGGAUAGCCCUGCGUGUGCGGCUAUCAGGGGGGUUGUCAGGAGAGUGGGGGAGGAGUUGGGGUUGAGUGGAGAGGAGGUGUUGCCUGAGGGGGAGGAGGAGUAGGUGGUUAGAGGAGGAGUAGGUGAUUAGAGGAGGAGUAGGUGAUUAGAGAGGAGUUGAUUGCAUGGGCGGCGUUCUAUUCUUGCAUAGCGACCUUACGGUUGGAAGAUACACACAAGGUCAAUAAACGAUUUC